AUGGCUCCUCUAGUACUGGGCUACUGGGACAUCCGAGGCCGUGCCCAGGCCAUACGAAACCUAUUAGCCUACGUCGGAGUGGAGUACGAAGACAAGAGGUACAGCCACGGCAGAGGCCCCGUCCCAUCCCGUGACGAGUGGUUGGCGGAUAAAUACAAGCUCGGCCUGGACUUCCCCAAUCUGCCAUACCUCAUCGACGGCGAGGUGCGCAUUUCACAGAGUUUCGCCAUUAUGCGCUACUUGGGGCGGAAGCAUGGCCUGAUGCCCAAGGACGAGGACACCGAGCGACGGGUCGACAUGAUCGAACUCAAGGUCAUGCACCUGCUGAGGCGGGUGGCGGUUCUCUGCUACGAUAAAUACUACAGCGAGGACAAGCGGCAUAAGUUCCUGGUCGACGAGGCCGACACCCUUCGCCAGUUGGAAGCGUACAUGAUCAAGUACGGACCUUUCUGCGCGGGGAUAAGUGUCACUUACGUGGACUUCCUGCUCCAAGAGGCCCUCGAGGAUGUCAAGUUUCUUGGCCCAAUAUCGUUCCCCAAGAACUACACUUUUCUUGUGAAAUAUAGCGAACGCGUUGCUGCCUUGCCUGGACUCAAGGAAUACUUGUCCUCGGAUCGCUUCAAGGCCUGGCCAAUAUGCAGCGCCUUUGCACGAGCGCUGGGACCGCGGCAAACACCGCCCACUGAUGGCUAA